UGGACAUUCUCCUUUUGAAGAUAAAUUUCAUAAUAAUCAAGAUCUUAUCAUUGCUAUUACUUGUCAUAAAACUCGUGAAAUUUCUAUAGCAAAUACACCUGAGGAUUAUAAAAAACUAUAUAAAAAAUGUUGGAAACAAGAUCCUGAGCAAAGGCCAAUUAUUAAAGAAAAUAAUUCUGAUCCAGAUUCAAAAAUUGGUGAUUCCAUUCAGUUAGAUACCUUUCAGAAUUUAUCUA